AUGGAGGGCCGAGAGAUGGUUAUAAUUGAAAACUGCGGAGAGAGGCACGUAUACAAAGAACAGAGCACAAGAACCCAGCGCCCAACACAGAGCAGCGGGAAAGGGAUCUGCAACAUCCUUGAAUACCUAACUGGAGAAAUGAAAGAAUAUGGAGCCUGGUUGAAAGAUAAACCUCUCGUGGUUCAGUUUAUAGACUGGGUCCUGAUGAUGUUUGUCAAUACCCCUUUCAGUAGUCUUAUUAUUAUAGUUGGACUUUUGAUCCAAAAUCCCUGGCAGACACUCACCGGCUGCUUAGGAACAACUGUCUCAGCAUUAACAGCACUUAUUCUGGGUCAAGACAGAAUGGAGGACAGAGCAAAUAACUGCGCCUUAGCCUUGAUCAUGACUGCCUUCCCUGACAAGGGAGACUAUUAUUGGUGGCUUCUUUUCCCUGUUGUUGUUACAUCCAUGGUUUGCCCAGUUCUUUCCAGUGCGUUAGGUUCAAUCUUCAGUAAAUGGGACCUUCCUGUUUUUACCCUGCCUUUCAAAGUCACAGUAUCUCUCUACUUGGCUGCCACCGGACGCUACAACCUCUUCUUCCCUACAACAUCCAUACAGCCUGUAACAUCAGUGCCCAAAAUUACCUGGUCUGAACUCCACACACAACUGCUCUUACAGUCCAUUCCCGUUGGAGUGGGGCAGGUGUACAUCUGUGAUGACCCCUGUGCCAUCUUCCUGACUGCAUUGCUCAUCUCUUCUCUACUCAUUUGCUUGCAUGCUGCAAUUGGAUCAACAGUGGGCAUGCUGGCAGAACUCACCAUUGCUACACUGUUUGACAGCAUCUACUUUGGCUUGGGGAAUUAUAACCGUUCGCUUGCUUGCAUUGCAAUUGGAGGCAUGUUCUAUGCGCUUACUUGGCAGACACAUCUGAUGGCACUCGUCUGUGCCCUAUUUUGUGCCUAUGCUGUAGCAAUUCUUACUAAUGUCUUGUCAGUGACUGGAUUGCCACUCUGCACGUGGCCUUUUUGCUUCUCUGCACUUCUCUUUCUGCUACUAAUGACAAACAACCUGGCCAUCUACAAGCUACCACUCUGCAAAGUCACCUACCCAGAAGCCAACCAAGUCUAUUAUCUGAGCAUGAAAACAAAUGAGCAGACAACCACCGGUGAUUAG